AUGUGUCUCCGGGAAAUACGAAUCUUCCAGUGUCCCUCGCGGGCGGGACCCGUAAACGUACACACCGAUAAGGUCAACGUCCUCUGUUCAGCACUGCAGCCGUGUCCGGCCCAUCUCUGGGAGCGGUGCGAGAUUUACUACAACUCCGCGUGCCCCGCAUGCUCGGGGCGGUUGUCCUCCGUGCCGGCGGCCGAAAUCCACGCAUUUCGAAUCAACUGGACGCCGAGAGACAACCAAGUCGCACUCGACAACGAAUGGGUGAAGAACUACCUGAAGGACUGGGCUAGCUUCAUGAACCUGGUUCUUCAAUCUCUUAUCGUCCUGAACACGGAAGACUUCCCGGGCUUCAAGAAGGAAGCACUAUACCGACUCCGCGAAUCACUAUUACAGGAGCAGGCAUGCAAGGAGCAAGCGCAUCGUGUAGAUGAUUGCUUUUGCGACGCGAACCGAUCGGAAACCAAGCAGUUCCUCUACAAUCCUGCCUCGGGGGUCCGCAGCCGGGCGGCGCUGGAGGUUACGGAUCGGAUCAUGCAGGCGAUAGCGGCGAUGGAUGAGGAGCUGCGCCGCAACGGCGAUCCACGCAGAUCCGAAAUAGUAUCUCCGCUCAUCAGUUCCCUGGCGAGAGAAAGCGACGAGUUUGAGUGCCGCCGAGACAACUUUCGCUUUUUCCGCCAGGGCCGCGGCCGGCAUCGUCCUAUAUCGGCCGAGCAGCAUGCCGCCCGCCUGGCCGCCAUGCAAGAGCUGUGGAAACACGCACUGGAACGGUCCCACGCGGCCGAGAGGCCGCCGCCAGGGGACAUGGCUCGUUGGAUCCAGUGGCAUGUUGUGAACGCCCGCCUCACGGCUCUGACGCUGAUGGGGAACCUGAUGAUGGAGGACGUCGGUAUCUCGGAUGAGCGGCUGAGGCUCGCGUUCGAGCGUAUGCUCACAGUCUUGCCCGCUCGCGCGCAUCGGGGCCCCAGCGAUGUACCGGAGCUCGAAGCACUGGCGACGAAGGUGACCCAGCGGUUCCGUGCCGGCCGGCUCAUGUACCAGAUGCAAUGGCUCCGGCUCGUCACCCAGAACUGGCUUGGCGAGCGGAAGGAGGCGUGGGAUUCGAGGGAAGCCACGUAUCAGUGGUACGAGGCCAUCUUCAACUACUGUACGGUGCCGCUCACGGGCCAGCAGCUGGAAGACUGCAUCGCGAACGGCACCCGUGGGACGGGCGCGGCUUGCCCGGUGUGCUACGGCGAUUAUUUCGACGGAGCGCCGGAUCAGUCACAGGCCCAGGCAAACCCGGGACGGCCGAGAACGGAUUCGGAUACCAGUUCAGGUCCCACAGCACAUGUCCACACAGCACAUGUCCAAAGCCCUGCUGCACCUGAAGGUCGUCAAGGCCAUCCCGCUCUCUGGGAAUUCUAUGAGCCGGAUGAUCGAUAUGAUGGGGGCGAGAUACCGCAGCUGGAUCUGUCCUCUGUGCCGGACGACGGCUACAAUUACCCAAUGACGUAUACUCGAUUGAAGGACCGUGGGGAGAGGCUGAUACCAACGAUGGGCUGUAACAAUGAGGUACCGGUACUCCGCAAAUUCACGCAGACCCCUCUUGAUUGCUACGCCCACCAAUCAAAAGGCCUCAUCCUCGGCAAGCACGGAAAUCGCUUACCUGGCCGCGGCCUCAUUCCGCUCUCCGGUUUCUCGUCAUCGUUCAACGCCCGUUUCCAACAUGUUUCGCUUCCUCCCGUUGCGACGCACGUGGUCCUGGAACAUUGGACUUGUCCAUGA